UGAGGAGCCGCCGGCGGAACGCGGGCCCGAAGCACGCGACGGGGCGGAAGAUGGCGGCUGGAGAUCCCGGCUGCCGGACGGGGGAGACACGCCGCCGGCUGUGAAGUGGGAAAGGACGAGGAGGACGAGGAGCAGCUGCAGCAGGAGAAAGAGAAGGGCAAGGGGAGCCGGCGACGGAGAAAGAAGGGAGGCCAAGAGCGGCUGAGGGCAGAGCCCAGCCCCCGACCUCAGGGGCCGCCUCACGCCGAGGCGCCGCAGCCUGAGGCGGUCGGCUGCUGGGCUCCCCACACCAUGUUCUCGGUCCUCUCCUAUGGCAGACUGGUAGCCCGGGCAGUCCUAGGUGGCCUUUCUCAAACAGACUCUCGAGAUUACAGCCUGGUGACUGCCAGCUGUGGCUUUGGCAAGGACUUCCGCAAGGGCAUCUUGAAGAAAGGCAUGUGCUACGGGGAUGACGCCUGCUUUGUGGCCCGGCACCGAUCUGCAGAUGUUCUAGGGGUUGCAGAUGGUGUUGGAGGCUGGCGGGACUACGGUGUUGAUCCUUCUCAGUUCUCAGGGACUCUCAUGCGCACUUGUGAACGCUUGGUCAAGGAAGGACGGUUUAUACCAAGCAAUCCUGUGGGGAUUCUCACCACGAGCUACUGUGAGCUGCUGCAGAACAAAGUACCUUUGCUUGGGAGCAGCACAGCUUGCAUUGUAGUUCUGGAUCGGACAAGUCAUCGUUUACAUACAGCAAACUUGGGGGACUCAGGCUUUUUGGUAGUCAGAGGUGGAGAGGUAGUACACCGAUCUGAUGAACAACAGCACUACUUCAACACUCCGUUCCAGCUGUCAAUAGCACCACCUGAAGCUGAAGGAGUCGUCUUCAGUGAUAGCCCAGAUGCUGCAGACAGUACUACGUUUGAUGUCCAGCUAGGAGACAUCAUUCUGACAGCCACAGAUGGGCUUUUUGACAACAUGCCUGACUACAUGAUCCUACAGGAGCUUAAGAAGCUAAAGAAUUCAAAUUAUGAAAGUAUACAACAGACAGCAAGAAGUAUCGCCGAGCAAGCUCAUGAACUGGCGUAUGACCCAAAUUACAUGUCUCCCUUUGCACAGUUUGCUUGUGAUAAUGGAUUGAAUGUAAGAGGUGGAAAGCCAGAUGACAUCACCGUCCUCCUUUCAAUAGUAGCUGAAUAUACAGACUGACAGCAUAAACUUUUGACAACUGACUUGAGUGUUUCCUGCCGUUCCCAACUUCACAUGGACUGUUUCCUGCUGGCAGGAUGCCUUUCUCUGCAGCUGAUCUCAGUGGCUCUUACAUGUUACUUCCAUUGCCUGCAGUCGAGGUCUCUAUCAUGAACCACUACUGGAGUACACUAGGGUGCAUCUGCCAGCAAGAAAUGAAGAAUUUCAAUACUUGAAGCUUGUCUUUUCAAACUCUAGUAGUAAUUACUUCAUAGUGGGGAGGGGGGGUGCGCGAUAAUCAUGGUUAUGGCUCUGAAAGAAAUAAGUAGAAUUGGCUAUUCAUAAUUCAGAACUAGAUGUGCAGUUUGACACUGAUAGAAAACCUCCAUGAGGACAAACAAAAUUGUUUUGUUAGGGGGGAAAAGCCCAUUUUUAAUUUGAGAGGUCACAAAUCAUUCUGCAACUAACAUAGUUUGUUAAAAUGAUAGUUGAGAUUUGUGUUGAUAUGAAUUCUCUGGAGGCUUCCAAAUGCAGUGAGCCUCAAGAUGUAUAUGGUUUAGUGCAGGAGUUUUGUCUGUUACUAAUUUGAAACACAAGAUUAGUUCGUGAAACGUAUUGUGUGUCUAUGAGAGAGAGAGAGAGUGUGUGUGUGUAUAUAUAUGUGUGUGAAGGUGCCUGUUAUCAUGCAGAUGGAAAUAUCGUUUAUUUGCAAGGAGCCCUGUGCUGGCUGGAUCUUUCUUUUAGAGAGAAAGUUUUUCUAAAGAUAUUUCAGUUGCACUAAGUCUGAAGAAGCAAGAGUGUUGAGAGUUUGGAAUGGCAUGUUUCCUGAGCACGAAUCAUCUGAUCUUGCUUUGUAUGCCAUAGGUAGCGAGGAACGAUAGAGGCAUUAAAGUGGGUAGUCUUCUCUUUUGGGUUUGAGGAACUUGAUGGUGUUUCAAUGUACGUACUUCUGCUUGUGCUCCCACAGCAAUUGAAGUUGCACACAUGCAAAAUGCUGAAUGAGCAGCAUUUACAUUUUAGUAGCUUGGUGUACAGAAUUUCCAGAAUGAACUUUAAUGAUGUUUACAGGUAUCUAAUAGCCAUUUUGCAAUAUAGCAUUUCCUUUCAUUUACAUCCACUCAAUCUAGUUUAUUCUUCAGGCUGCAAUCUCCUCCCUCCUUUUUUAAGCUCAUGUAAAAACCAAUAGCUAUAAAGAUAUAUAAUGGUCAGUUUUUCAUAACUUUUUUGCUAGUAGAAAAGUACUUAGAAAUGAAAAGCCAUGUUUUAUAUAGCAGUUGGGUAAUGUGGAUGUUUAGAUUCUGAGCUUGGCCAGUAAAGCAACCUUUUUAAGAUGAAAGGUUUUUUUUUUACUGCCAGGUUUGUUGUGUUAAAACUGUAAGAUUGAGGUUACCUCAGCCUGUUUUAAAUAUUUUUUUGUGGUUGUACUGUAUAUUUGCAUAAUUACGUCAAGCUUUUAUUUAUAAUUAUGUGACAUGUACCAUGUACAUGUCACUAUUUCAAUGCAUCCUACUUUUAACAGGCAUUUUAUUUACCAUGAGGAUGGGCAGAAUCAUUUGGAAGCUGAUUAAAUUACUUUUUGUGAAAUUGGCAUCUUAAUUUUUCUUAAAAUAUUCUUUUCUUUUUUUGUCAGAAUGCCUUAACCACUUAACUUGACAAAAUGAUUUUUUUCCAGCAUGGAUACAGGGUGGAAUACAAUGAAAUAAAGAAAAUUCAUAGUGCUAUAAUUCAGAAAUGUGGCAAAUGAUAACUUUGCACAAAUCAUUUCAAUCCCUUAUGCUACUUUAGCUGAACAAGUUAUAACUAUCAAUAUUCAAUUAGAAGGAAUGUAUUACUGCUGCAGUUCCAGACUUCUUUCCUGCUUUGACAGAAGAGCAGUUAUCCUAUAAUUUGGACUUCAUUUGCAUUUUAAAUCACCAGUAUUUGCUAUUGUUUAUUAGAACAAGCCCUGAUUAGUGAUUGACUGGCCUAACCCACUUGCCCUUCCUUUUGGCCUUGGCGCCUCCAUAGAGCAGGACAGUUUCCCUGCUUCAUGUUCUAUCUUCCUGCCUUUCUGCAACUACAAAGGAUGACCCAUCAAUUAAACAAAUGUGGAAAAGGAAGGUGCUUCUUAUGCCCGGAUGGUCAUGGCCUGGAGCCUUUUGCCACUGUUCUUGGAUCUUGUUCUGAGUAGCAGAACUGUAACAUCUGUUGGGAUUGCUGGCCUUGCUUUGCUUAGAACAGUUUUUAGUCAAGCAGUUUGUAUAAAGCCAUUUGUCUCUUCCAAUGUUUUUUAUGAUGAUCAAAUUGAGUUUUUAAACUUUCAGAUACUAAGUUCCCCCUUCCCCUCUCCAGACGCCAAAGACCAGUACAGUUUAUAGCUUUUUGCCAUCUGUUUUUAGAGCAAUACUGUAUUAUAAAGAAUUAAUAUUUCUAUUACAUGCUUGUCUUUUUUCCAUUUUAAGAUGUGCACUCAAACAUAUCUGAACCUAAUUUCUUCCUAUGAACUUAAGCUGUUUGCGCACAAAUAUAUUUUACAAAAAAAGGCAGGAUUCAUGUACUUGUGAAAAAAAACAUUUACCAAUCCUCAAAGCAGUAGUGUUUCCUAGGAACUUGUUUAGUGUUUUGGUUUGGCACAGAGAAGACAUUCCAUUUUGUGUUUUCUUAAAUCUGAAAUACAUGGGUGGAGCCUGGAGAGAUCUUACCUGCAGAAUUACUUUAUAAAGAAUCUGAAAGAAAUAACUUGGCAUAACAUCAACCUGCUUCACUCAGUAAUGCAGUUGCAGCUGCAGGGCUUGCUUUACAGGAAUGCCUGUAAUUGUGUUACUGAGUUUGUUGAUAUGAAGGGCUAGGCUAAUGUGAAAUACCCAUAUUAAUGAAGGAAACUAAGUCCAUGGCUUUCCCUCAAUUUGCUAUUUCCACAACAAGUGGGAAAAACCUUGAAAAUUGGGACCAGAUUGGAUAUAGACAAAACUGUCCAUAGUAAAAGCAAGCAAAGAUGAAGACACUGUGAAUGGAAUUACUCUUUGUAAUGGAUUGCUUUUCCAUGGGAAGCCAGGCUAAAUGUAGACAUUGACUUUUUCUUUUAUUUGACAAAGCUGAUAUAAUGAGGAUGCCUUCUUGUUAAAUGAGACUAUCAUUACCUGUGCUUACCUAAAAGGCAAUUAUGUGAAUUGGAUGUUUGAAGUAUAUAAUUUGUGCAAGAAUAGUAUCUGUAAAUACAUUUUAAUGAACUGUAAAGAUAUUUAAUAAAUAAAGUAUUUAUACAAUAUGCAUGUGUGCUUGGGUCCAGGGUCUUUUGCCUCACCAUCCCCACUACUGACUCCCUAUUGCAAGCAUCCCCAAACUGCGGCCCUCCAGAUGUUUUGGCCUACAACUCCCAUGAUCCCUAGCUAACAGGACCAGUGGUCGGGGGAAAUGGGAACUGUAGUUCAAAACAUCUGGAGGGCCGAAGUUUGGGGAUGCCUGCCCUAUUGCUACUCAGCUUCCCCCCCCACACACACACUUCAUUCUAGGGGAACUUUACUCAGUCUUCAGGUCAUCUUAACAAGGUUAAUAAUAUUUUAUGUUGUCCCAUAAUACCAUGAUCUGAAUUGUUUAAUAGCAUAUGACUUCAGUUUUAUUGCUUAAGGGGAAGAAUUUAUUUCAUACUGCCCAAGUAGGAGAUAUGUGCAAAACAAGAACAGUUGAAUUUUCUAUUAUUGCAUGCAGUGUAUAGACUUCAAACAACUGUCCCUCAAAUCUGCAGUAAUAUGGGCUGUCCUUUCAAAUACAGAAGUCAAAACAGAAAAUAUUGACAAACAAUCCAUAAGGAAUUCCUCUUGCAUAAGUUCAACCACAAUAAAAUGGAAUUUUAUUAUAAUACAUGUGUGUCCUUGUACAAGUUCUGCUGUGAAGGACAAGUUGCAGAUGGUUAUGCAGAUGUUGAUUUCUUAAGGUGAGAUGCAAAGGGAGACACUGAGCAAUAAGCACUGAUAGAAAAACCUUACAUAAUGGGGAAUAUGAUUAAGAAGGCAAAGAACCAAAUAUUUUUACUGCAAAAAGCAAAAACAGUUUGAGGGUUUGGGGCAUGUAGUAAACAAAUAUGCUAGAGAAAUGACCUGAAUUUGCUACUUGAACUAGUUGGACUGUUUUUCAGUACAGUGAAAUUUCAACAGCAGUUCAGUUCACAUUGUCCUUCACUGUGGGAGUUGAAAAAAGUGGGUCUUAAAGAAAAGCAGACUAUGGAGUGGUGUGACUAGUUGCUCUUUGUUAGGUUGCUGUGGGUAACUGCCUGUUACCAGGGCUGAAAUGGCCAAAUGCAUUCUGACUUCACUGCUCUAAAAGGAGUAUUACUGUGACACAACACAUGCUUAUAAAAUGAGGGAGGCUUCUUUCAAAUUUACUGGCAUAAUAUACUAUGGACAUUUCAACACUACUGAGAUGUUUUUCUAAUAGACUUGCGCUAAAACCAGUUUAAUACUAGUUAAUCUUUCACAAUUUAGUUUAGAAGGAGCAGGAGAAUGAAACUGGAUGUAUGCACUUUUGCAUCCAGUCUUUUGUCUUAAGUUCUCCUGUGUCAUAAUGCAAUCAAACACGAACAUUAAUGCAAUAUGUGUAUGUAUUAACUGGCUUUGGUUCACUCAUGCUUUGCUUAACUGAGAAGUAAAUCUCAUAAAAUUAUAGUUGUGACAACUUGAAGAAAAAUCCAAAGGCUUCUAGUUGUUGUUUUUUAAAAUACAGGCAAUGACCAUUUUAAGUGUGUUCAGUGCAUGCAUGACCAUGCGAACGUACAUUGCCACAACCCAGAAUUGGCUAGAAAAGGGGAAUGGGGGUGGAGUGGGCUUACAUGCACUCCACCGACACGUGUGGGGGUCAGGAGCGUAACCCCCCAUGCAAAGCUGCCAUUGCCUACAUUAUAAAACAGUGGACUACAACAGAGUACACAAAAACA